GGGCCAAGGGCUCUUCAUUUCCGGGGGAAGCCGGCAUUGCCGUUCGCGGGACUUGUGGGAGGCGUUGGCUGCUCCUUCGUGGUUCCGUGUCCUCGGUCCGGGAAAGCCAGGAAUGAAGAUCACGAGGCAGAAACACGCCAAGAAGCAUCUUGGCUUCUUCCGCAACAAUUUCGGGGUCCGCGAGCCCUACCAGAUACUGCUGGACGGCACCUUCUGUCAGGCGGCGCUGCGGGGCCGCAUCCAGCUGCGGGAGCAGCUGCCCCGCUACCUCAUGGGGGAAACUCAGCUGUGCACCACCAGGUGUGUGUUAAAAGAGUUAGAAACGUUGGGAAAGGACUUAUAUGGGGCAAAGCUGAUUGCACAAAAAUGCCAGGUUCGAAAUUGUCCCCAUUUCAAGAGUGCAGUGAGUGGAUCAGAAUGUCUGCUUUCCAUGGUUGAAGAGGGAAAUCCUCAUCAUUAUUUUGUGGCAACACAGGAUCAGAAUUUGUCUAUGAAAGUAAAGAAAAAGCCUGGAAUUCCUCUCAUGUUUAUUAUUCAGAAUACUAUAGUUUUGGACAAACCUUCUCCAAAAACAAUUGCGUUUGUUAAAUCAGUAGAGUCAGGUCAGCUUGUCUCAGUGCAUGAGAAACAAAGCAUCAAGCACCUCAAGGAGGAACAGGGUUUAGUAAAAGACCCUGAACAGAGAAGAAGAAAAAAGCGCAAGAAAAUAAAAGGCCCCAAUCCUCUUAGCUGUUUGAAGAAAAAGAAAAAAGCAACGGAUACAAACUCAUCUGCCUCUGAGAAGAAAAGAAAAAGAAAAAGAAUCCGGAACAGAUCUACUUCAAAAGUACUUUCUGAAAAGCAGAAUGCAGAAGGAUAAUGAAUCCUUUGGAUACUUUUAAACACAUUCAAAUAUGAAAAAUAAGUUUCUUUUUGAAGCUGUGGAAAUAUUUAUGGUAAAAGAGUAAACUUAUUUUUGUAAUUGUAAAUAUUGACCCACAAGCCUUUGUAUAAAAUUAUUUGUUUAAAGAAAGAGUGGAU